GUGUCCGGGGUCGGGCGGGCAGAUGCCGCGCCCGCCCAUCCACCGUCAGGCCAAACUUGCCGCGGAAGGUCUCGAUGGAUGGAAGGCGCUGUUAUUGCCGUCCUGGCCGACCUCGAGCAGCCAGGUUGGGAUGCUCUUGAUGGUCCUGUCGAUCGGCGGGUUGUCGAAGUCCUCCUCGAUGCUCAGCUCAUCGGCCUUGGGGAAACUCAGCAGGUGUCGCCAUGUGUGGUGCAAGGAGGUGCCGCCACACUUGAUUACCACCUGAAUGCGUACACACCCUUCGUGAUGUAAACAAUCCUGUGGAUCAGCUUGCUAUUUGUCUCCUUACCAAGCCAGCCUGGCUCGCCAAUUCCUUGACCGCGUCAGCUACGGGCCCAUGGACAGCUGGGGGGGCACUCGGCACACGCUUGCUGCAGUCCAAUUUGAAGACAAAACCCCGCCACUCGACGCCCACGCCGAGCCCCCUUGCCCAACAGAGGAAGGUGUGCAGGGGGCGCGCCUCGUCGGCGAAGCUGUGGCUGACGGUGGCCUCGCCGCAGUCGAGCCCGAUGGUCUUCUGAACGCCUGAAAGGACAGCAAGCGAAGUGACGUCGACAGCUGGAUCCUAGUCGGCCGCCAUGGCGCGUUUGUCUUACCUCGCAUGUCCUGUCGGCACCAGUUGGUGUUGAGGGCCUCGCUCAAGCUAGCCAGUUGGUCGAGACCAAUCCCGACACAAUACUUGUCCUGGCUGAUCCGCAAUCCCCGUAUGGUGGUCAGCCGAGUGCACUGGCCGACGGCAGUAGUGAAGUCGCGCCAAUCACGCUCACCUCCAGUUGGGCUGAUUUCGUCAGCGGUGAGCGUCUUGAGCAAAGGGGACGACCGCAUGAUGUGGGCAAGCUUAGAAAAAGCCCACGAGACGGAGCCCACUUGUAGAUGGCACAGGCUGGGGAAUGACCAAUUGCGUCGACUAAUGAUAACAGCGACACACACGCACGAUUGUCUGCCUUGUGGUGCCUUCAUUCUGCUAGACCCACCUCAUGUGGUCGACAAAUCCAUCAGAGCCUUUGUGCCACGCAUCACAGCUGAUGUGCAUCGUCUCCAGCCUCUCAAACACGAUACCGGCUGGUUCUGCCGGCUCACGUGAGACGUCGAUGUGGGCGCUGAUGUGGAUGGCCGUGAUGGUCGAGUGGGACGCCUCGAUACACGAGAACGCGAACGACAGGAACGCGCCAUCGCUGUGCUCAAUGUGUGCUCGCCGAAUCUUGGUCUGAACAAACCACAAAGCACAGGAGACCAUGCCUUCUCAUCUACAGGUGCUCUUGUCGUUUGGUCACCAGUUUGCUCCUCAGCCGGGUGGGGGUGGUUCGAUUGAGGCGCAUCCAUGUUUUGGUAUCGUGUGCCAUGAUGGUCAGGUUGCGGUAGAUGCCGCUCGUCACGUCGUCCGCCUUGGCGUUGAGAUCCUUGCUAAGUCGGCAGAGGACGGUGGCCUCAAUGGUGGUGAGGAACGAGGCGAUUCCGUCACACAGAAGUGGGCCCUCAAUGCCAUCCAAACACGGCCGAUGAACACCCUGAAGCACACAGCGAGCUGCACAGCAGCGUAAGUAGUGUCCUGCUUUGCUGACUGAUUGGCUGACGAACCUGCUUCUGUUGCUGCUGUUGGUCGUUGGCCUGCCCUUCCUCCUGAGGGCCGCUCGACACACCUCCUGCACCCACGACAGACAGACGGGACAGAGAGAAUUGAGUGCAUCCUCCGUGUCAGUCGAGUCACGCCGUGCCGCUGCUUACCACCACCAGCGGCAGCAGGAGCUGAGUGACGCUCCAAGCAUGGCCGCUUGGCCUGCGGUACAACUGCCUGCACACACACACAGCAGACGCAGUGAUAGAACACACGGGUGGCAGCAUCGCUACUCUGUUCGUACCGAUUUCGAUGCAUCGAGUUCCUCGGCAGACUCGUCUAUGUCCAUCGGUUCGCUAAAACCCACCUGACGGCACGCCACACCUCGCAAGUCCGCCCUGUGCAGAUGUGUAUUUGCUGUGGGCAUGAGUGCCCACCUGUGCGGGUCUAUCUAAGAGGGCGUCGAUAUGCGCCAGGCCGCUCGCCAUGGCCGACAACUCACACUGCACACAAACAAACAGCCAUACAAACCGCGUGAGAUGUCAGGAGCUUGCACACCCAUCCACGCGCGUUCCCCCACCUGUACAUCCGGUCGGCAGCGCAGCAGCCUCUGCGCCCGCGACUCGCCAUCAGCCGAUAACUGAAUCAACAACCAAUGCGCCCAACGGUCAAGUGGCCGCCUGCAUGUCAGCCUUGUGUCGUGUUACCUUUGACUGAAUCGCCUCAGUCAGUCUGUCUAUGCGAUGGAGCUCAUCUCGCAGGUUACGUAAGCCACCAUCAGCAGCAGACGCCUGCACCAAACAAAUCACAGACACGUUUGUUGUGCGGUCAUAUGAAUUCAAUUUGCCGGUUGGCUGACCGCCAUACUCAGAGAGGGAAGAAGCAUACUGUGGGGCGAAUUCGCCCCGGCCAACCAUAUUGUGUGGGGCAAAUCUAAGGCGGCCGAGCCGCAAACCCACUCAUCUGCACAGAUGACAACCGAAACCUAUGAGAGGAAGCGGCCCGCCUGGUGUUUUCACCUGAUUCCAUUGGUAGCCGGCGUUUUGGCGUACCUCUCCC